GUAGGAUAUUUCAUACAGAGCAGUUCAAGAGUCAAAGGAAUCCAAUAUUUUGGCAUGACAUGCUUUUAUGCUAAUUACCUGCAACGCGGGUAGUAGCAGCCAACCAGAGAGCAGCAUGCAAAUGUUAAAGACAGGUGCGAGAGGGAUAUAAGGAAAACAAAAUAUUUUUAGAGAUGAAGCCUACCUGUCACUGACAUGCGCGUUAAUCUAAAGACAGGGACUUUACAGAUACAAAAAAAAGUUUCUCAUUAAUCUUAUCAGACCUUUAUUGUAUUUGAACAACACUUUGAGAUAUUGUUUUCAGAGUGGAGCUUGUAUCUGGAAAGUUGACCAUUUUAAUAUGCGGCAAUAUUGAAUUAUUGGAAUCAUUUCUAGAAUAAAUUGUUCUUCGGUUGCCUACAUUCUUCUGUGAUAGUGAGAUAGAGAACUGCAAUCCUGUCUAUCUAUACUAUAGACGUUUGUAGAGAUACAUAUAGUAUGGAUGUAGAUCUAGUACAGUUGGAGUCCAGUCUAUGGGUUGGUAAGAAACGUUACCGGGCAGCCCUUACCGACUGGCACCUCAACUGGACUGAGCUCGAUAAGAAGAACCGUGAUAAGACCGUUUCAGUACCAGUGUCGGAGGUUGUUGCUGUGGAGGAGGGGCAUGUGGAGGUUCUGCCCCAGAGGUCAGUUAUUGAAGACACAGACAGAGACUUCACAGUGUUCUAUGUGAAGCGUAGCAGCAGCGGUAGUUCCUAUGGGUUGCUAUGGCGCCUGGGCAGGACCCAGUUCAGCUGUCCCAGCAGGGACCUCAGAGACCAGUGGAUGACCCAGCUGAGGAUUGCCCUCAAAACACACAGCCCCUCUCGUCCUCACAGGUUGUUGGUGUUCAUCAACCCGUUCGGAGGAAAGAAACAAGGGAGGCAGAUCUAUCACUCUCUAGUGGCCCCACUGUUUGAGCUGGCAGGGGUCAGCUCUCAUGUUGUAGUGACAGAGCGGGCCAACCAGGCGAGAGACCACAUACUGAAGAAAGACCUAACUGGUUUCGAUGGUGUGGUAUGUGUGGGCGGGGAUGGAAUGUUCAGUGAGCUGCUGCACGGUGUGAUUGGCCGAACACAGCAGGAGGCGGGGCUAUCAGAGCAUGACCCCUCCCUACAGUCAUGUGACCUCCACAUUGGCAUCAUUCCUGCAGGCUCCACAGACUGCGUGUGUUUUGCCACUGUGGGAGUCAACGACCCAGUGACCUCUGCUCUGCACAUUAUCAUUGGAGACUCUCAGCCUCUGGACGUGUGUUCUGUCCACCACCGCUCGUCUCUGGUGCGUUACUCUGUGUCUCUGGUAGGAUACGGGUUCUAUGGAGACGUGCUGGCUGAAAGUGAGAGACACCGCUGGAUGGGGCCUUUCAGAUAUGACUAUUCAGGUGCUAUGGUGUACCUGAGUAACAGGAGCUAUGCAGGCCUAGUUCAGUACCUACCAGCAGACCCCCAGCUCUCCAACCCCAGGGACAACACACGCUGCCUCUCUGGGUGCAGUGUGUGUUCUAAGAGCACAGAGAGACUGUUCCCCCACUCUCCAGAUGCUAGUUCCAACUACAUCUCCCACUUCAGUCAGUUCAGCAGCGACUCAGAGGAACUUCCUCUGCUCUCUCUGCCUCGUGCUGCAGGUGAUUGGGUGAGUGUAGAGGGCCGGUUCAAGGCUGUGUCCCUCACCUGUAUGUCCAGCUCCUGUCCUCGCAGUCCCCUGGGGCUGUCCCCCUCAGCACACCUGGCUGAUGGGACAGGUGACCUCAUCAUUGUACGGGACACACACCCCCUAGGGUUCCUCACCUUCCUACACAGACACACCAGCACACAGGACCAGUUUGACCUGCCCUUCGUGGAUGUCCACCGCGUGAAGGCAGUACGUUUCUCUCUCCCGCCCGGAGAAAAGGAGGAUGAGGAUGAAGAGGAGACAGUAAAUGGUGGAGGGAUGGGGGAAGAGGGAGAGAGAACAAGCCGGAGCGGUUCCCAACAUCACCUGGUAGAAAGAGGAGAGGAGCGAGGGAUGGCGAACGACAGGAGGAAGAAAGACUUGUUGUGUGGCCUGUGCUGCAGUAAGCCUCCUUCAGUGUCUGUGUGGAACUGUGACGGAGAAAUACUUCCUCACACUGAGAUCCUCUGCAGGGUUCAUGGUCAGCUGGUGCGUUUGUAUGCCCGGGGCAUGGAGGACGGAUCAGCCACGCCCACCAGGAAGUGAACCGUGUUAGGGUCCGUUCACACUACUGACUGAGGGAGGCCGUGGUAGGGUCCGUUCACACUACUGACUGAGGGAGGCCGUGUUGGGGUCCGUUCACACUACUGACUGAGGGAGGCCGUGGUAGGGUCCGUUCACACUACUGACUGAGGGAGGCCGUGUUGGGGUCCGUUCACACUACUGACUGAGGGAGGCCGUGGUAGGGUCCGUUCACACUACUGACUGAGGGAGGCCGUGUUAGGGUCCGUUCACACUACUGACUGAGGGAGGCCGUGGUGGGGUCCGUUCACACUACUGACUGAGGGAGGCCGUGUUGGGGUCCGUUCACACUACUGACUGAGGGAGGCCGUGGUAGGGUCCGUUCACACUACUGACUGAGGGAGGCCGUGUUGGGGUCCGUUCAUACUACUGACUGAGGGAGGCCGUGGUAGGGUCCGUUCACACUACUGACUGAGGGAGGCCGUGGUAGGGUCCGUUCACACUACUGACUGAGGGAGGCCGUGGUAGGGUCCGUUCACACUACUGACUGAGGGAGGCCGUGUUGGGGUCCGUUCACACUACUGACUGAGGGAGGCCGUGGUAGGGUCCGUUCACACUACUGACUGAGGGAGGCCGUGGUAGGGUCCAUUCACACUACUGACUGAGGGAGGCCGUGUUAGGGUCCGUUCACACUACUGACUGAGGGAGGCCGUGGUAGGGUCCGUUCACACUACUGACUGAGGGAGGCCGUGGUAGGGUCCGUUCACACUACUUCCAGAGAAAAAUAAUGGCAGAAAAUAAAACAUAAUAAUUCUGCCAGCUAGGACCAAUGAAAUGGCUUUCUCUCUGGUGUAGUUUUUUAUAGAGUGAAUGGAGCCUUACUGUGACACUCAGAUGUAUCACAACUGAAGAAGGCUGUAUUACUGUAUGAACCCCAUGUAGGCUCAAUGACAGCGUAUCAGUUAGUGGGAUGUCUGACCUGGGAUGUCUGACCUGUGACUAUCAACAGAAUAACCAGCAGAGCCUUACAUUUGACAUACCUGAUGAAAUGGCUACUGUAACUAGUAGGGGCAACAUACAAGUUAGUGGGACAAUGGUCAUGAAUGAUGUCUAACUUUGGAAGUAGGUGUGACUGAACAUAACACAAUACCCAAAAGAGCCUUCCAUUUCACUUCAUCUGCGUUCUCUCUUAACCAAAUCAUUCCUGAAUAUUUUGACAAGUCUUUAGAUGGAAGUUUGAGGUAAUUCAAGGAAUGUACACUGUGUUCAAAACAUUAAGAACACCUGCACUUUUCAUGACAGGUGAAUCCAGGUGAAAGCUAUGAUCCCUUAUUGAUGUCACUUGUUAAAUCCACUUCAAUCAGUGUAGAUGAAGGGGAGGAGACCGUUUUAAAGAAGGACUUUUAAGCCUCGAGACAAUUGAGACAUGGAUUGUGUGUGUGCCAUCCAGAGGGUUACCGGGCAAGACAAAAUAUGUAAGUGCCUUUGAACGGGGUAUGGCAGUAGGUCCCAGACGCACCGGUUUGUGUCAAGAACAGCAACGCUGCUGGGUUUUUCACGUAGUUUCCCGAGUGUAUAAAGAAUGGUCCACCACCCAAAGGACAUCCAGCCAACUUGACACAACUGUGGGAAGCAUCGGAGUCAACAUGAGGCUGUUCUGAGGGAAACGGGGGGGGGGGUGCGCAACUCAAUAUUAGGAAGAUGUUCUUAAUGGGUUUUUUACACCCAAUAUAUCAUAUUUUCUACAAACAAUGAUACAGCUUGAUAUGACUUGAUGCCAGUAGCUUAUGGUAUUUUCGCCUGUAAAUGUGUAUGUUUAUUUCAGCUACUGAUUUGCAUUUAUGAAAAUGUUGCACAUAAUAAACAGACACCUUAUUAAUAAGCAGAA